GUUUUCUCGAACAAAAGGACUAAUCUUUUUUGUUUUGUUUUUGCAUAGGCAGGCCAAGCCAUCAUCAUCCCUAACCUUAGGAUUGAGCGAAGAUGCUGCGAGUUGCAGGGCGGAGGCUUUUCUCUGUUUCACAGAGAUCAUCUACGGCGACCUCCUUCGUACUUUCCCGAGAUCAUCCCAUCUCCAAUGGAGGCGACUCGUCUUCCACCCACAGAUCUGUUCCCUCUGCAGAUCUUUCAUCUUUCAAUUCUUACCACCGGAGCCUUAUAAGAGGUUUCUCAUCUCAAGUCAUUACUCAAGGGAAUGAGUUAGGUUUUGCCUCCGAAGUCCCAGCCACGGUCGACGCUAUCAAAACACCUAACUCAAAGAUUGUCUAUGACGACCAUAACCAUGAGCGUUACCCACCUGGUGACCCUAGCAAGCGUGCCUUCGCUUAUUUCGUCCUGUCCGGUGGGAGGUUUGUUUACGCCUCUGUUCUCCGCCUUCUUGUUCUGAAGCUCAUUGUCAGCAUGUCCGCAAGUAAAGACGUCCUUGCCCUUGCUUCCCUCGAGGUUGACCUCGGGAGCAUCGAACCAGGAACUACUGUGACGGUGAAGUGGCGUGGAAAGCCUGUCUUCAUCAGGCGACGGACAGAAGAUGACAUUAAGCUUGCCAAUAGCGUGGAUCUUGGUUCUCUGAGAGACCCGCAAGAAGAUGCGGUCAGGGUCAAGAAUCCGGAGUGGCUAGUCGUGGUUGGAGUCUGCACUCAUUUGGGGUGUAUCCCCUUGCCUAAUGCUGGUGACUACGGUGGUUGGUUUUGCCCGUGUCAUGGUUCGCAUUACGACAUCUCAGGAAGGAUUAGGAAAGGUCCUGCACCUUACAACCUGGAAGUACCAACCUACAGUUUCUUGGAAGAGAAUAAGUUGCUCAUUGGUUGAUGAAUAAAACAGACACUGCCUGUGUCUUAAAGACCCUCGUAUGUUUUUGUUUUCUUUAUAUAUUUUCACGCUAAAAUUUUAGCUAGCAAGCUUGCUUGCCUCACACUUUUUGGUCUCUCAGCAAGUAAAAGAUUGUCUUGGUUGUGCCUGAAUAAUACAAACUUUUGUCAUUUGUAUGGCUUUAUCAUCUGGUAAAUUUGUUGAAAACAUUUUUCAUAUAUCUGUCUUUACUGUUUGACAAUAAUUUUUGUA